AUGAAAACAAGGAUCAUCAAGGGUCGUCAAAGGGUUGACAUGGUGAAAAUGAAGAAUGUGAGGAACUUACAAGUUACGUUUUCUAAGCGUCGUGCUAGUCUGUUCAAAAAGGCUGGUGAACUUUGUAUGCUAUGUGGUGCUGAAAUUGUCAUAGUGGUAUAUUCCCCGGGCGAUAAAGGAUUUUUCUCCUUUGGUCACCCUAGCGUGAACCCGUUGUUGGAGAGGUUCCUUGGGAGAAACCUCCCUCAACCAAAUAACGAUGUCCACAAUCAACAAAUCGUGAACCUCGAGGGGAUUCUCCAGAUGGAGAAAAAUCGCGGAGAAUCCCUUCGAGAAAUUAGGAAGAGAGCUAAUGGUCGAUUGUGGCAAUCUCCUAUGGAAGAACUUCAUUUAUUCCAACUUCAACACUUGAAGAAGGCAUUGGAAAUUCUAAAGCAGAAGGUUGAAAAAGAGGCACAAAUGGUGAAUAAUAAUGCAUUCCCAUUUCAGACAUUGGGAAGUGCCUGGACUCCUUCUAAUUGUGUUAGGUUAACUUCUUCAUAUGGACUCAAUGUUGGUGGACCUUUGCUAAUAGGGUUAGUGGAUCUACUUCUUCCAUAG